CGCAUGCUGUUUGAAACUUCAGGGAUCUCCCGUCUUCUAUAGUGUUAUGUUUCUAUCUGCAAAACGGUGAUUCCUGCAAUUAUUGGUUCUUUUUUUAAGUGCUUACGCUUGAUCGACGAGUAGCCAGCUACAUGUGUUUCGAUUAUUGAAGGCAGCACGAAUGGAUAAUACGAGUCCUUCACCACCAAAACGGCCUCGGACGCAUGAAAACUUGACGGUUCAGUUGGGAAAAAAAAAUAUUUCUAUUCAGAUCCACGGACCAUUGUCAACCGACAUAGAACAGUCUAAUGCAACCCGAGAACGUAUACCCGGGGCAAAAUGUUCCUUGUCUAUGUUGCCAUAUACAAAUAACAUGAAAUUUGUGCCAAACAAGGAGAUGAGUCUCAGUACUAAGCUUCAAAAACUUAAGCUUAAAUCCCCAGAUGGGCGGGAUCUUGGAGAAAUAGAAGUUAAGCUUUUUCCUCAAAAAGGCGAUGGGAUUAAGGGGAAAACAAUAAUGUUGAAGAAGCACAGCAUGUUUGGUAAACUAGAAAACAAUUCCACAGCUGUUUCGAUCCUUAAACCUAUGGACAAAACCAAGGUUGCGAGCAAUGGACGAGUUUCACCUCAAGCAGCAUCCACGUACAGCUUUGUACAACAACCAUCUAAGUGCUUUUCGAUAUCAAGCAUCCCUUCGACAAAACCCAAACAAGGAACCAGUCUGUCACAGUCUCUGACGAAUGCAAACCCUGAACAGACAUCAACGAUAUUGCGACACCCAGAUAAUCAGAAGCAUCCACCUGUAUCAUCAAGUUCACAAGUUUUUUUAAUACAUGUUGACAAACAGAAUGGUCUAAACAACAUCAAAAACAUGCAUAAAGAUGUUAAAAACUUGAGUCAGCCUCCUGCCAAGCAAAAAAUUGUCAUGGUACGAGCAGAAAAUUAUCCUUAUCCAAAUGAUACCAAGAAAAAAACUUCAUCAAGUACUGUUAUUGAGCUGCGGAAUUCUGUAUCACACAAGGAUCAAAAUGGUACCCAAUCCAUAUCCAUUAUGCCAAGUACGGAGAAUUCAAACAUUUCUUUGAGUAUCUCGGGACUUGGUGAAUGUAAAACAAAGGGGUCUAAUCAAAGUAAUAUGAUUAUCAAAAAGAUUGUUGAACGUGUUGACAAACCAACAACUGCUGUAAGGCGAUCAGCUGAUUCUAAGCCUCUUACAGUAACUCGGAAAAGUAGGAGUCCAGUGUCAAGCCUAUUACACACAAGUCUCCAAACUGAAUUGAAACCUUUGAUCCCUGUCAAAACGUAUAGUAGAACAUUAGAAAAUAAUAAAAAAAACAGCUGUAAAGUCAAUGAAAGAGAAUCUGCGACAAACAGCAUAGAAGCUAUGAAAAACUCAGUGGAAAGUAAUACUGAAGCCAAUACACCAAAUAUUGAUUAUACUCAACAUGUCAUGAGUCCAACAAAUGAUGUUACGCUUACAGAUGGUGGAAAAGAGAGUAUUGAGAAUUCAGCAGUUCUCACACAGCAUACAGACUUUGUUCAGAUAAAAACUAGAUCCUUGUGUACAGAUAAAGAUAAUACAGGGUUCAUCGAUAAAGAAAAUGGAAAUAAUGGUAAAAAUUUAGGUGAAAAUAUGAUGGUUAUUUUACCUAAAGACGUAGAUAUGUCAUGUAUAAAUGAAAGGAUCGACGCGGAUACAAAUGGAGCCAGUGCUGAGACAAGCAGUAUGGAAAUUGAUACGAAUGCAAAUGCCACUGAGAAUGCAGUAACUAUCCAAGACCGUGCUUUCAAUCAUAGUUUCAAUGUUGAAUCCCGCAAUCAGAGCAUAGCACCAAAUGGUACCAGUUCAGUGACUAGUACUGCAUCACCUAAGCGACAAGAUUUAGAUAUUAUUCAGAAAGCACUCAGUACAUUGCCUGAUCAAGUUUUACGUGAGAAAGCUUUCAAAGCUCUUGCUGAUUGUGGAAUCGGUUUAAAAAGAGAUAUACCUCUUCCACCUACAGUCUCUGUUAAUGAUUCACAAACCCAAACAACAGUUUUUAGUCUUUUGGAGCCACAAAUGUUCUUAGAGUGUAACGAAAACCUCCCUACCUUAAACAGGCUGGAGGUAAAUCAAAUGACUGACAGAAUUCUGCAACUACAAUCUGAAAACAGGUUACUUCUGAAUUGUGCACAGGAAUGGACAAACAAUGCAUGCAUCAAUACACAGACUGAAGUUUUGAAGACAUCGGAUGAUCUUUUUGAUUUCUGUGAAGAUUUUCUCGAGGAACCAACACCAAGAGCGCACCAAAUUCAGAAAGUACUUUCAAACCCUGAUACAAAAUUUUUAAAAAUUUUUGAUCAAUUGCAAAAAGAUUUUCAAGCGGCGACAAAUUUUGACAAUGAAGGAAUGCUGGGAAUUCAUCAAGCAGUUCUGAGUGGAAAUAUCAAGGAAGUGCAAAGACAGCUGAUUGUUCUCAAAGCUGUGAAAGAAAGCGUUGAUGUGCUCACUGAGUGCGGAAAGACGAGUUUGGAACUUGCAGUCGAACAUGACGUAGAACCAGUCAUAGUCGAGAUUCUCCUGAAAGCUGGAGCAAAGCCUGCAUUUCCUAUGAAACUUCACGAGUCAGCGCUUAUUACGGCAUGCAAAAUGUCCUCCACAGUUCUACCUCAGCUGAUCAUUCACGUGGAUUCACCAAGCUUACUCGACAAUAUGGACUCUGAAGGUUUCGCGCCUUUGCACUACUGUGCACAGUUGGGGAAUGUAAAUGCAGUGAAACAGCUAAUUUCCGCCGGAGCGAAUAUCAACUUACGAGAUGCUAAAUCUGGUCGUACAGCAAUAUUUCAUGCUCUAGAUCACCAAAAUAUUCCACUAGCAUGGUAUUUGAUAGAGAACAGAGCUUCAACGACUAUCACAAAUUUUGCUGGGCAAUCACCAGCAGGUUUGGUAGAUGAAAAUAAGCAUAAUAGUUUGGCAGAAAAGCUUAAUCAAGGAAUAAGUUAGAAGCACUCAAUCUUUUAAAAUUAGAAAUCAUCACUCUGAAAAAGACUGUAUCAUUUGCUACGAUUGAAAAUCGUGUAAUAUGUAAGAUCAGAUCAGUCAGAUUAAAUCAGAUGCUUAGACCAGUCAACUACUUCUAGGCAUAAUUAUACCAUAAAUUAUUGAAUACCACUAGAUAUACGAUGUACAUAUUAAUUUUUUUUUUUAUAUGUAUUUUGGUCAUCUCGUCACCUUAGAGUAACAGGGUUCUAAUUGCUGAGAAUAUCUUAUGGUAAUGCAACCCUAUUAUUUUGAGGCUACGAUUUUUUAGAUUACUUUGGUAGAUCGGGCAACUAUUAGACAUUUGCAUUUAUAUUUAACGUUAUUUAAGUAUAUUAAGCGGAGUACUUUAUAGGUAUAUGUGAAUGUGUAUUCAGGAUAUCAAAUGCCACAAUCUAUCAGUAAAAUUAGUUGAAAAUUUCAGUUCUGCAUUGAUGAAACCAGUGAUGUUAUUUCCAACAAGCAAUUUCUUCAUAGGAUGAGUGUAAUUGAAAACUAGAAUCUAUAAAAUCAGUAAUCUGUGAUAAAAUUAC